AAAUUUAUAAUUAAAAUACAAUGAAGAGUAUAUGUAUCAUUUAUUAAACUUGAUACGUACCUAAAGAGUUAUUAAUAGGCAGCAUUUUUUACCUUUUAAAUAAUUAUUUAAAAUUUGAUUUUUAUAUUUUGCUCUUGAUAAUUCCAUCAUCUCCAUUACUGCAACCUCCAUCAAUCACCGACUAUCAACUCCUUUCGAUUUUAAUUUUUUUCCAGUUAUUUUCGAAAGGAUUCUAGUAGGAGGGCAAUCUCAGUGAGACUCAGAAUUCGUGCAAAGUGAUGUCGUUAACUGCCAGUACCACCAUGAGUGUAGCUACUUUGCCCACAGUUAGAGCAAGGGAUCAAUGCCGGAAGCACUUCAAGCCAAUAGUAUCAGUUCCAGCUGGCCUCCAUCCGCUUGGCAUGCAGUCACAACAACUCAUUAACAAUUCAAGACGCUUGAGAUGUCCUGUUCAAGAAAAGCGUGCUUCAAUAAUAUGUGCUGCUGCUCUGAACGCGAGAUGUGCUGAAGGCCAGACACAGACGGUUACACGAGAAUCAUCAACCAUUACAGUUGCACCAGUUCAAGGAAAGGAGAAAUCUCCUGAACUAGAUGAUGGUGGGACUGGGUUUCCCCCUCGCGAUGAUGAUGGAGGCGGAGGUGGAGGUGGUGGUGGUGGAGGGCAUUGGAAAGGCGGGUUCUUCUUUUUCGGGUUUCUUGCUUUCCUAGGCUUGUUGAAGGACCAGGAGGAGGAAGGACCCUACCGGGAUCAACGGAGAAGAUGAAGAAAACCAGAAUACUCAUCAACAUAGAAAUCAAAAUAUUUUUGUUAGUCCGGGAUUUGUAACUGGUUUCUACCGUCAUCAAUCUCCAGUCAUGGCCUCGAGCAACCUAUAGUGGGACGAUAAUCUCUGAUUGAUUAUGUACUUGAGUGUAGCAUUACUUAUAGCUCAAUAUGUAUCACAAGAAAAUAAUGUUGUGGACUUGUAUGGUUGAUUAAGUUGCUAUCUAAUUACAUAAUUAUUUAUUGCUA